CCAGCCGGGCGAGCCAUCAUCUUUACCACCACCACCAGGGAGUAGCGGACCAGAGAGGGAACCGCCCCUGUUUGUCCACCUCCCGAGACCUUCGGCGCCUGGUCUCGCAUCUUGGCAGACCAUGGCUGAACCACCAGUGGAAGAUGAGGGUGAGGAAGCAUCUCAAAGUCAACCCAAGCAGGAGUCCACCCAUCAGGCCACGGUGGCAGCGAAGAACUUAGCCAUUUUGAAGGCCCGGUCAUUUGACGUCACCUUCGAAGUGGGAGAUGAGUAUGAAGUCAUUGAAACAAUUGGCACCGGAGCUUACGGUGUGGUGAGCUCAGCAAGGCGCAAAGACACAGGCCAGCAGGUGGCGAUAAAGAAGAUCCCGAAUGCCUUUGACGUUGUGAUGAAUGCCAAGCGUACCCUCCGGGAACUUAAAAUCUUGAAACAUUUCAAGCACGACAACAUCAUUGCCAUCAAGGAUAUCCUGAAACCUUCUGUGCCUUAUGCUGAAUUCAAGUCUGUCUAUGUGGUGCUAGACUUAAUGGAGAGUGACCUCCACCAGAUUAUCCAUUCGUCACAGCCUCUCACCUUGGAGCAUGUGCGCUACUUCCUCUACCAGCUCCUCCGAGGCCUUAAGUACAUCCACUCGGCAAAUGUCAUCCACCGAGACCUCAAGCCCAGCAACCUACUGAUCAAUGAGAACUGUGAGCUGAAGAUCGGUGACUUUGGGAUGGCCCGAGGCCUCUGCACCAAGCCGGUUGAAUACAAGUACUUCAUGACGGAGUACGUGGCUACUCGCUGGUACAGAGCCCCAGAACUGAUGUUGUCUCUGCACGAAUACACACAGGCUAUAGAUAUGUGGUCUGUAGGGUGCAUUUUUGCAGAGAUGCUCGGGCGGAAGCAGCUUUUCCCUGGGAAAAACUAUAUCCAUCAACUGCAGCUGAUUAUCACCGUCCUGGGCACUCCUCCCGCCAAAGUGGUCCACUCCAUUGGUGCUGACCGGGUGCGUGCCUACAUCCAGAGUUUGCCGUCGCGCCAGCCAGUGCCAUGGGACAGCCUCUACCAGAACGCCGACCGGAAGGCCUUGUCUUUGCUCUCCAAGAUGCUUCGCUUUGACCCACGCGAGCGCAUCUCCGUAGUGGAGGCCUUGAAUCACCCGUUCCUGUCUAAGUAUCACGAUCCGGAUGACGAGCCGGAUUGCGUCCCGGCUUUCGAUUUUGACUUUGACAAACAGGUGCUUACGAAGGAACAAAUCAAGGAGACCAUUGUGGCGGAAAUCAAGGACUUCCACGAACGCCGGGAAGGCAUCCGGCGGCAGAUCAGCUUCAAGCCUGCUCUUAGGCCAGCCAUGGUGGAUGGCGGGGUGGAUGAUGCCGCUAACCAGGCAUUGCUACUGCGCUGCAACGAUAUUGACAUGCCCAGUGCUGGUUCUCCACGCGCCGAUGAUGAUUAUGCGAUGGCCUCUCCCAUGCCUUACCCAACAGAGACCAUUGACUUCACCUCUCCUCUGGUGGCUUCCUCCGUCACGCCGCCAGAAGUAAAGGCUGAGGUGGAGGCCCCAGUGGCCCCACCAAAGCGGGAAGGCGCCAUCUCAGAUGACACCAAGGCUGCUCUCAAAGCCCUCAUCUUGCAAUCUGCACUCCGCAAUAAAAACAAAGAUAUACUUUCCUCUGUCUCAGAAACUCCUGAUAUCCGGCGACCGGUAACGGCGAAGGAACGCCAGCGUGAGAGGGAGGAGAAACGAAAGCGGCGCCAGGAACGGGCCAAGGAGCGAGAGAAACAGAAGAAGGAGAAGGAACGGGAGCACAAAGACAUGCUGACUGAGAAUGACCGGAACCUUCUGGAAAGGUGGACCAAGAUGGUGGACCGCACCCAGAACAAGCCAAUCCAAAAUGGGUCUACGGUCCCACCCCAGAAAAACACAGCCAGUCAUGCCCUGCCUUCAGUUCCUGCUGCCAAGCCUUUGCCCCCGCAGGCCCACGCAUCGACCUGCGUCACUCCUGCCCCUUCUCGUAACACGCCGGCACCUUCUGAAUUCCUUGCUUUCUCCGACAAAACGGCACCAGGCCUUGCCCCCAAGCUCACCCUUGUCCCGGUGGGGACCGAGCUAGCCUCGGUCCAGGCUUCCAAUGCCAACGUUAUUCGCUUUUUCCCAGCGCAGACUGCCCCCUUUGUGGUGGCCACACCGGCUUGCCCCAAAGCUAUCCCUGCCAAGUCUGAGUGCCUCUUAAACGUCAAAUAUGCCCCAAGCCAGAUCUUCCAAGGCCCGUAUGGAGUGACGGCUCUCAACGCUUGGCGUAGCGUUUCUCCACCUGAGAACUGGGCUGUGUCUGGACAACUGCCUGUUGAUCAGCCUGAAGUGGCACCUGCCGGAUCUUUGUCAGAACCGGUGGUCAAUUUUGUGGCAAGAGCUGAGGCAGAUCAGCCUCUGUUCCAGUCUGAGAUAGGCAAGUCUGAACUUCCACCCCAUGGACUGUCCACAGAAGAAACUAGAGGGUCAGUUCAGUCCCAGGUGGCAUCAGGACUACCUUCGGAUUCCCCUGAUAUCAACGUGGUAACCCAGCAGCUGUCAAAAUCUCAGGUGGAAGAUCUUUUGCCUCCUGUUUUCUCUGGAACACCCAAAGGCAGCGGUGCUGGUUAUGGGGUUGGAUUUGACCUGGAAGAAUUCCUGAACCAGUCUUUUGACAUGGUGGGGGAGAACAGAGAGAGUCAAGGUGACUCCGCUCCACUCUCGGCCUCGCUUCUCGCUGAUUGGUUGGAAGUCCAUCGCAUGAACCCUGCUGACAUGGAGUCUCUCCAACAAGAACUGCAACUGGGCUCUCCCAUGAUCCUCUCUGACAUUCCGGACCUGCAAGACGCAUGAGAAGCCGAGAUCCUGUUGGUCAACGUCUUCCUCUUCGGUCUUUCUUCUUUCUUUCUUUUAAAACUCUUGAGUGGAUAUGAAAGAUCAAGGCGAUUUGCCUUCUCAGUGACUUGGGUUGGAAAUGUCACCACAGUGCCUGCGCAUUUCUGUUGUUUUGCUUUACAGCAGAGGUGAAUUGGGCUGAUGUUUCAGACUGGAGAUCUUUUGCAAUAAGAGUUGAAGUAGACUUGGUUCUACGCUGCCUUCUGUGGGCAUGUUGAAAGACCACACACACACACACAUACACACACACACACAAAUCAGGAAAGGACUCUGUCAAAAACACUAAAAGGAUGCAUCAUCUCUUUGCUUGGAAACAGGCAUCCAGUCAGUUUCUUGCUUGACCCCACACUGUGUUUCCUUACCUCAUGGCCGAUAAAACACGGAUAACAUUUUCUGUUUAGAAUAUUGAAAGCUCUUCGAAAGGACUGAAUUCAUGUAAAACAUGUUCUCCAGGUCUUUUAAUAAAAGAAAGAUGCACAUAAGCAUCAAAUCCAGCCUUCCUCCAUAGGCAACUCUUUUCAAAUUGGUGCCCUCCGGAUGUAUCGGAUUUCAGCUUCCCUAGUCUUCCCUUCAGUCCUCUCUUAGAUAUAUGAGUAAUCUUCAAUUUACGACUGUGAUUGAUGCCCAGAGUUCUGUUGCUAAACGAAACAUUUGCUAAGUGAAUUUUGUUCCCCUUUUUACGACCUUUCUUGCCACAGGUGUUCAAUGAAUCACUGCAGUUGUUCAAUUAGUAACAUGGUUAUUAAGUGAAUCUGGCUUCCCCAUUGAUUUUGCAUGUAAAAAGGUCACCCGGGGACGCAACAGCUGUCAUAAAUACGAGUCAGUUCCCACGCAUCCAAAUUUUGAUCCUAUGACCGUCGGCAACGGUCAUAAGUGUGAAAAACGGUCACGAGUCGCUUUUUUCAGUGCUGUUGUUACUUUAAAUGAUCACUAAGCAAACUGUCGUAAGUCAAGGAUUACCCGUAUUCUAAACUUCAGUCCUCCAUAAAAUAUAGGAAUCUGGCUGAGCGACUUGAGGGCAGUCGCUCUCUUUUCAGCCCAGGCCCACAUCCUCAGGUGUUGGGAAAAUAGGCAGGAGGCUGAUGGAUAUCACUUUAAGUUGUAUAAAAUAAAGGCGUGAUAAAUCUAAUAAUUAAACAAAUAGCCCUGUGGCUUCCUAGGGAUAAUGGAGGCUGAAGUUCAUGUACAUUUGGAAGGCACAGAUGGGAAAAAUUCCUUUUCAUAGCAUGUUUUGCCCUGCACUGUGAAACAGCUGGAUUACAAACUUGUGGAAAUAAAUUGAAUUAGGCCAGCGGGCCAUCCAAUCUCAUAUGCUGUAUUCUGACCAGCUAUACCUCUUCAAAAUCUUGGGAUAGAGGAUUUUCCUGCAUUUCUGAAAACUGGAAAUACCAAGAGUGGAAGCUUCAGCCUUAAAACGCUUCAGGUUUUUGCUUUUCUGUUUAUUGGUUAUUACUUGUGGGUUGCCCAAAGUAACCUUCUGGAGAACUUUGGCAACGGCUACCUUCAGUAAUGCUGUGAGGAUGGGGCAGAAAGGCCCACAGAUUCCAAUGGAAAAGAGACAUAAAUGUCAAGGGCCUCACCUCAACGUGCCAUAUUGUCAUGCAGAAGAAGCCUUGAAAUUAUGAGGGAGGGGUGGGAAGUCCAUUAAAUGUAGGUUUUUCUCCUUUGAUGGUGAUUAUGAUUGCCCUGAGGCGAGGCAGCCUUCUGCUUUUUAAGUGGAGAUAUGCAAUGUUGAUGGUGCCUACGCUCAAGGUUUUUGAAGACAGAGAUUGUACAACUCUGUCUUCUGCUUUCUGUGUCAGAUGUGACUGUCCUACCAAUACAUAUAGUACUGUCUACUAAAGGAAGGGACCAAUCCUCCCUCUAACUUACACAGUUUCUACCCCGCGUCUGCUGUACCAGGAGCCUUUUAAAGAGCCUUCUCUUUGUCCCAAGAUAGCUGGACAAUGCUUGUUUCCAGCAUCCUGAUUGCCAUAUCAAUGUGCCUCCGGACAGUGGCCAUUUAACAGUGUCUCCAUAAGGCUGGCGCUACCGUAUCUUGUCUGCAGAAACCUGGGUGACCCUUAAGUGGCAGCAGGCAGGCAGUUUUGGUUCCUGUUUACUGUCAUCUAGAUAUUUGAAGCCCAGCUAUAAUACUCCUGAUAAGGUCUUUGUGAACACUCUGCAUAUUCAGCCUGGUGACUAACAUGGCCUGCCACUUUAAAUGUGUGUGUAUGUAUUUUGUCUAUGUAUAUAUGUGCCUGUAUCUUUUAUUUAUAGAACCGCGUUGGCGCAGUGGUCAGAAUGCAGUACUGCAGGCUACUUCUGCUGACUGCAGGCUGUCGCCAGCUCGAUUCUCGCCGGCUCAAGGUUGACUCAGCCUUCCAUCCUUUCGAGGUCGGUAAAAUGAAGACCCAGAUUGUUGGGAGCGAGAUGCUGACUGUAAACUGCUUAGAGAGGGCUGGAAAGCACUGUGAAGCGGUAUAUAAGUCUAUGUGCUAUUGCUGUUGCUAUCAUAUCAAAUUGGGCAGACAUGUUUCUGUUUUGGUAUUGUCCGGUAGAUAAUGUUUUCCGUUAACAAAACCUGAAUCUCUUUUAAGCUGCCAUCUUACCAGCACAGGGGUUUCCUCUGUGCAAGACUGUGAGCCAGUAUUUUGUGGAGCAGCCUGAAUUUUCCUACACCUCCAGUGUGAAGUUGGGCUCACCUAAUAUAAUUAAGCCAUCCUGUGGUUUAUUUGACUCUGGUUGUGGGAACGUGUUGCAGCUUAUAUACCAUGGCUUAGCAUGUUGAGCCAACUCAUCGAAUUGUAUGUUAGGGUGUAUUUUCCCCAUCCCCCCCAAUGAAUCAUGGUUAAGCAUGUUUCAUCACGAUGUGUGAAGGAGAAUCUUACUUGAGUGUAAGUCUCUUUGGACUUGAUGGCACCUGGGUUUGUUAUUGAUGGAAACCCUGGAAAUGCUUUUGCAAGAUUUGUUCCUUUGGAUGUGACUGUCCCAAUAUUAAAUAUGUGACUGUCCCAAUAUUUAAGUUACCUAUCUUAAAAUUUAGAUUUAGAAUUAAAAUUAAAAUUUAGAAGGCUUUUACUUAUAAGCCCUUGCCCCCAAAUAUCUAGUCCAAAAUUUUGGGUGGAGAAGCUUUUGUGUUUCUGUAAAGCAGGGGUUGGCCAACUUUAAGACUUGUGGACUUCAGCUCCCAGAAUUCUGGAAGCUAAAGUCCACAAGUUUUAAAGUUGCCAAGUUUGGAGACCCUUGCUCUAAAGCAAUGUUUCUUAAAGAAGUGUGGUCUUAGGAUCUCUGGAGGUCUCCCAAGACCCUUUCCUCCAAAUCAACAUUAUUUGCCAGCCUGCGUUGAAAAAUAAUGCAGUAUUAAACAAUUUGUGACUGAUUGGGUCAUCCUUCUUUUUCAUAUAUAAUAUAGGCUGGCACCAUUUCCCCUCCCCUCAUAAGCCUCAGCAGGGUCUCUCCUCUUCCUUGGUUGACCUGUAGAACAGCCUACCACUUUGCUGGGAGGAGUGGGACCAAUGGGAGCCAUAGAUUGUGAGAAAAACUUCCCAUUCUGGCCUGCCCCAAGGCCCCCUUCCCUCCAGAGAGGAAGAGGGUGCACCCAUAGGCAUCUCCAGCCAGCCCUUUCUCAGCAGCAGCCAUCCGUGUAGCUUCCUUGUCCUUUCUUCACUGACCACUGCCAUUAAGGUAUUUCAGAUUUUGGCCUCAAUUCCAGAGUAGCCAAUAGCUACUCCCCCAUUAGCCCUUACCGCCAGCUGAUUGGGCACAGGAGAGGCAGGGAUAUCCUCACGAAGAUCACGUGAUCAUGGUUGACCAUGAUGGCACAGAAGCAUGGCAGUGCUGAAGCGGCCACAACCGAAGCUCUGUUUUUGCUGGCAGAGUGUUGCAGGAGGCCAUCACAGCUGAAAACGGAGCUUGCGGGGGGCUGCAUGAGGCCCUCCCAAGCUCCGUAUUCGCUGGCAGAGGGUUGCAGGAAGCCAUCGCGGCUGAAAACGGAGUUCAGUGCCCAUUUUCACCGGCAGAGCACUCGGGCUGCCACAGGCGCCCCUGACACGAGUGACGACAAACUGGCCACGCCCACCCUGGCCACGCCCCCCAGUCCGCCAAGUUCAAACACAACCCUGAUGCGGCCCUCAAUGAAAUCGAGUUUGACACUCCUGUCAUAAGAGUACAGCUAGUAAAAUUACUUGCUGUCCAAUUAACUUGGAUUUAGUUGGGAUUAGUUGGUCAGACUUUCACUUCCAAAGUAACCAGUGUCUUCACCCUAAAAUAUUUACAAGGCCAAAUUGUUAACACUAUUCCAUCUUCACGCCCAGUUGCCUUUCACUGCAAGGUUGUGGAUUUGAGAGUUGAUACAGGUAGUCCUUAACUACAACCACAAAAUUUCUGUCAUUAAGCGAGGCAGUUGAGGUGUACCUUACUUUACAAUCUUUCGUCACAGUUGUUAAGCGAAUCACUGCAGCUAUUGUGAAUCAUGCGGUUGUUAAGUGAGUCUGGUUUUCUCCAUUGACUUGUUAGAAGCCGGCUGAGAAAGUUAACAAAAUGGUGAAAACAUGACCCUGGGAGAGUGCAAUUGGGAUAAAUAUAUUUCAGUUGCUAAGCCCCUGAAUUUCGAUCAUAUAACCAUGGGGAUGCUGCAACGGUCAUAAGUGUGAAAACUGUUCAUUUUUUUCAGUGCUGUUAUAACUUCAAAUGGCCACUAAAUGAAUGGUUGUAACUCGAGAACUACCUGUACAUGGAGACCGUACGAACUUUUCUGAUACAAUACAAAAAUUCACCUCUGAAGAUCCAGAGGUCAGAUUUGGGACCAAGCCUUGGGUGUAGCUUUGAAUUAGUAUGUAAAACUUGUUUGGAGCGCUUUUGAGCGUUGUGUCAGUUAUUUGUGGUGCCUUGGUGUGGUGUACUCCCCGCCCCCCACCCCCCACGGUGAUGUCUUAGGGGGAAAAAAAGAAAUUGUUCAUUAAACUUUAUAUUAAAAUUGUUAUUUGUAAAAUGGCAGAA